CAGUGUUGUACCGAGUCAGAUAACAAGAAUUUCUUGAAGAACAAGGUAGCGCAAGUCUUUAGCUUGAUCUUUGUCUGUGAUUAUCCUGAUUAUCCUGUGAUUAUAGCUGAUCUACUGUUCUUUCAAGUGUAAUGAGCGCAAAUACUGCAGAUACCCUAAAUUGUAGCUGGUGCCCAGAUUUCAUUCAGUGUGAGAGAACUUCAUUUAAUUUCCUGCCUCUUUCACAAGCUCAGCCAGCAAGAAAAACAUUUUUUUUUGCAUUUAAACCUAUUGACAAUCAGGUAACAACUGCGACUCGUGGUGAAAGUGGGUGCCCAGGAUGACCAGGGUCUUGCACUUUUGUGAGAGUCAGCCCUUAGACAGUGUUACGCCCUCAUGGCUGGUAAACUCAAGCCGUCCAGCCAUGAGCUCCCACACCAAUGGAACCAGGCACCUGUCCCAAUGAUUUAUCAGAGAAAAAUUAAAGGGCGGGAAGGGGUGGGGGAAAUUAAGGCACAAUCUAAAGGCUGAACAAAGCGAGUAAUCGCCUUGAAAGCAUUGUACUAAGCACAUGACGCUGAUGUUAGCAAGGGUGACUGCGCUAAGAGCCACCACACUGACCGCUGAGCAACAACACACGACGGCGCUCCUUGUUAUUAACUGAGUUAAAUGUUGUUUAACUUCAUGUUACAUUUCUGUUCUCCCUGUAGUGGCCGCUGUUUUUCUCAGACCUCCUCCAGUGCUUGCAAUAUGGAGCAUUAGCCGUGGAUAUGUAUCUUAGGAUUUUGAAGGCAAUUGAUGAGGAAGUGGUUGAUAGAGAUGUGAUAAGGAGUCAACAGGUUAAUUUUGUGAAUUGUUUUAAAAACUGUAAUGCUAUAAUUUCCAUUGGUGAAAAUAUAUCUCCAACAGAGAGGGGUACAAUCAAACAGAAAUUGAUAACCUAUUCAAUUCUAUAUAAUAGUGUACUACCUAACAUCUCAUACGAACAGCUUGCAACCACUGAAGAACCCAUUUUAGUGGGUGUCGGUAAAGUGGGUUUGGACAUGUACCUAAAUUUUUUAUUUGCCUGAUAUCAAAGCUUGUUAAAGCUUGUCAUUCAAGUUGUUUUUGUUGUGACAAAGUCCACCAUGCCACACACAUGAAGUUGUAGGUGCUAAUAUGAAUCUAAACAUGUUGUGCAAAGGGCUAUGCUGUACAUGUGUGAAAUUGCUCCUUAUGAAAAUCAAAAUCCUUUGGAGUUAAAACACUGCUUCUAAAAUCUUGCUUGUCACAUCUUGAAACUUUAAGACUGUCAACUUUUGUGGAGUUUCAGUUGGUUGUACUUUUACAAGUUUGUAAAACCGUUUACUGAUCAAUCAGUUUAGAAGCUGAAUGAAGUUUUUCUUCCAUGAACAGGAAGCAGAGAGGAACACAAAAAUUAAAGAUCACAUCAGGGAUACGUGCCUCACAGAGCUCGUUGACUCUUGGUUUCAGAUUCUGGUAGGUAGGAAUCUUGUAUUUUGGUACAACAAUGAGGUUGAGGUUUCGCUGAGUGUUUUUUUUAUUAUGUUUUGUGUGCAGAAAACAUAUGAAAAUAGUGUGUCAUCAAUAACAUGCCUUUGCCUGGACAUUAUUGGAGCAUAUAUUGAAUGGAUCGAUAUUGGCCUGAUUGCAAAUGACAGGUUUAUCAGGUAAUGUUCAUUGAAUAGGGGCAGAGUAAAAUUAAUGCAGACUGCAGACUCAGACUGUGGACUACACUGAAUAAUAUUUUUAGGGUUAGAAAACAAUGGGACUUUUGGUGAAAGAAUGAAAGAUGGUAAAAUUUGAAUGUACACCCUGUAGUAUAAUUUAUGGCCUCCCUCUCCAUGAGUUCUGCGUAGGUCAAGUGGAUAGAGCAUCCGCCCGGUGUUUGGGAGCUCAUAGGUUUGAAUCCUGUCAGGGACUCAGAUUUUUUCUUUGUCCCACGCUCGUGACAUGCUGAUUAUUUUAUUUUUCACAAUAUUACUUUUGUUGUCACAUUGUCAUUUGCUUUGUGAAAACAAUAGUCAUCAGUCUGUGUUUUACGCUGACUGAUGGUAAAAAUGUUUCCUUUGCUCUGUGUUAUUGUUUGCUUUCAAUUCUCAUAAAGUCAGUUUUUGCAAGUAGCCUGUCAGUGGUUGAAGUCAACUGGCAGCUAAUAAUAUGGAAAAGCAUCAUUUCUCAUUGCUGAAAACUGUAAAAAGAGGAUUUUACUAUUAGCACAACCUUUGAUUUUGUGUCCCGCUUACAAAUUGAUCAUGUUUCUUUGUAGUACCUUUCUCCGGUACAUGACAGUUGAAGUUCUUCGAGAGAGCGCUUGUGAUUGCAUACAUGAGAUUAUCAUGAAGGGAAUGGAGCCACUGGCAAAGAAAGAACUGGUGCAAUCUCUUCUGAGCGUUCUGGAGAAAAGCAGCAUCCUUGAACCACAAGAGGUAAAAUGAUUAUUCAUGUGUAAGCGUAACAUUUUUGUCCAAGAUUGUAGCUUCAGUACGCAGUUUCCUCCAUAUUCCCAGGGGUGAAUGGGUGAAUGUAUUUUUUGUUUAAUUUGUCAUUUGAAUCAUCACUUUUAGGAUGAAGAUGCUGACUUCAUGGCCAAGUUAGCAAAACUGACGAGUGCUUCAGGAUCACAGCUUCUAAACAGCUACAUGCACUAA